GCCGGCGCCCGCUAGCCCGACUUGACUCGGGAAGAAGCGCUCAGCGGCCCGCAGCUGCGCGAUGACCGUUUGUCCGUAUUUCCUCCAAGGCCGGUGCCGCUUCGGAGACAGGUGUUGGAACGAGCACCCCGGCGCCGCGGGUGCGGGCAGGGGACGGCAGCAGCAGCCCUCAGGACGAGAAUGGGCCAACAACCCAAGGUAUUCCGGUGUCAUUCAGCCUUCCAGUUUCUCCAAAUCCUCACCAUGGGGGGGCGGCAGAGAUCAAGAAAAGCCAUCUUUUGGUCAGAACCCAUUUACUUAUAACUCUGAUGAGCAGAAAGAUGAAAAGAAAAUUCUGGAAGGAAUUAUAAAAGAUAUGGAGAUUUGGGAAUCAUCAGGGCAGUGGAUGUUUUCAGUUUACUCACCAAUGAAAAAGAAACCUAGUAUUUCAGGUUUUAUAGACAUUUCACCAGAGGAAUUGAGACUUGAGUACCAUAACUUCUUAAGAAGCAAUAAUUUACAGAGCUAUCUAAAUUCCAUUCAACAAUUAAUAAAUCAGUGGCGGAAUAGGGUAAAUGAACUGAAAAGUCUAAAUACAUCUACUAAAAUAGCUCUGCUCUCUGAUCUAAAGAAUGGCACAAAUCAAGCAACUCCAUCAUUUGGAUUUGGCAGUAGUCAGACAGCAGUGCUGGGGUCAUCAGGUUUUCCAGCUAAUAAUAGUAGUAGUACCAGUGCCCAAAACUUUAGUUUUAAAACAAGCCCUGGGUUUGGCACUGCCUCUUCCGGAAGUGGCUCUGUGUUUGGAAAUACUUCAGCGUUUGGAUCUGCAUCCUCAGCCAGUUCAGUCCUCCCUGCUUCUGCUCCAGCUUUUGGAUUUGGGAAACCUCAGGUCUCAUCUGCUGCUUCAUUUUCUUUCAAAACUUCUGACACUUCCAGUUUUAGCUCAUCUGGAUUUUCAGGAUUUCCAACUUCUAUGGCAACAAGUCCCCCGAGCAUUUCUGUGGGCCCGGCCUUUGGAAGCACCAGCUCUGUAGCUGGUUUCGGUGGUUCUGGCUCCCAGACUCUCUCUGCCUUUUCCAAACCAUCCAAUGACACCUUUGGAAGCAGCGGCAUGUCAUCCUCUCUCCUGGCCUCAAAUGGCAACAUCACGACAGAUCAUGCAUUAUUCACACCCAAGGAUCAGCUAACAUCAGAAGAACUUGAACAAUUUCAGUCCAAGAAAUUUACUUUAGGAAAAAUUCCGUUAAAGCCACCACCUUUAGGACUUAUAAAUAUUUAAUAAAAG